UUUCUGACAAAGGGCAAAAGGUCGUUUUUUUUCUUUGCGUUUUCUGUAACGAGAAACGGAAAUGGCGGGCUUUUGUUCGAUUUCAAUCCCUUUUAGCUUUUCGGGUCGAUCCCCAUCCAUCGGAUUCGCGCGGCAAUCCGAAUUCCUCGACGAAUUCUAAGAUGUUUCCAGGUUCGGUUUUGGUCCAGAUUCGAGGGAGAAUUCCCUGGAUUAGGGUCUAGGGUUCUUGAAAGGAUAUUUCCUGCAUUUUUUGGGUUUUUGGAUUCAUACGCCCCUUCCGCGGUUGUUGCAGAUCGAAUCGUAUAGGAAUUCGUCAACUGAAUCUGCGAAUUUCAAACGGAUUGGAUUUUGAUUGGUUUCGCUGCUGCUGUAGUUGUAGAAUUGUAUAAAGUAUGGGAUUUUUGUUGUAUUUCGGAAAUUUUAGGGUUUUUUUUUUGUUUGUUGCAUUUGGAUGUUGAAGCAUUGACGAUUGAGAUUUAGGUUUUGGAAGUUGGGGAACGGAUUUGAUUUCUUUUGAAAUCCGAUUCGUUGCAUAGUUUAGUAUUUUGUUGAAUUUUUGAAAAUUUUCAGAUUUUGAUUUUGUUUGGUAUUGAAGCGUUGUCCUUGGUGAACAAAAUUAGGGUUUAGAAGAGUUUUAUGGGGAGGAAGAAAUUGAAUUCGUUUUCAGUUGUUUUGAAGGACUGAGAAAAGAGAGGUUUAUUGUUUGUUUUUUAUUUUUAAAUCUGGUAUUGUUUUGAUGGAAUUGAGGUGGGUCUUUGAGAGGAGGAUAAUAAUUUUAUCAGAAUUUGGGAUUUUCAAGUGGUUGGAUUGAGAUAGGUUGUGGAGCAGAUUGCGAAUUCUCUUGUGGUGAGAGAAGGAAAUGAGUUUCACGAGGAUUUGGUUUUUUAAGUAGUUGAAUUGGGAUUGGCUAGUGAGAGGAAAUUUUAUUUAUUUAUUUAUUAUUAUUUUUUUUCGGGUUGUUUGUGAGAAAGGAAAUGGAUUUGAUGAGAAUGUGGGUUUUCUGUAGCUGUUGAUAGUUUGUUUUUUGUGGGGAUGGAUUCAGCAAGGAGUUGGUUUCAUAAGUUUCAGCCUCGAGAUAAGAUGCGGUCAGCAUCGAGGAAGAAGGAGGGAACAAGUGAUGCAAACGAAGGCGGGAAGCCGCCCAUGAGCGAGGAUGCAACUUCGAAUGUCACGAAGCAGAGGGUUGCGGCGGCGAAGCAGUAUAUAGAGAACCACUACAAAGAGCAGAUGAAGAACUUGCAGGAGCGGAAGGAGCGACGCUGUACCCUAGAGAAGAAGCUGGCUGAUGCUGAUGUGUCUGAGGAAGACCAAAAUAAUCUUAUAAAAUUCUUGGAGAAAAAGGAAACUGAAUACAUGCGCCUUCAGAGGCAUAAAAUGGGCGCGGAUGAUUUUGAACUAUUGACAAUGAUAGGGAAGGGUGCUUUUGGUGAGGUUAGGAUCUGUAGGGAGAAGACAUCUGGUCAUGUGUACGCAAUGAAAAAGCUGAAGAAGUCAGAGAUGCUUCGUAGAGGCCAGGUUGAACAUGUUAAAGCAGAGAGGAAUCUUCUUGCUGAGGUUGACAGCAAUUGCAUUGUCAAACUUUAUUGUUCUUUCCAAGAUGAAGGCUUCCUAUACCUAAUUAUGGAGUAUUUACCGGGUGGAGAUAUGAUGACUUUACUUAUGAGGAAGGAUACCUUGACAGAAGAUGAGGCCAGAUUCUAUAUUGGGGAAACAGUUCUGGCUGUCGAGUCUAUCCACAAGCACAAUUACAUUCAUAGAGAUAUCAAGCCUGACAAUUUGUUACUGGAUAGAGAUGGUCACUUGAAGCUGUCAGAUUUUGGGCUUUGUAAACCGUUGGAUUGCAGUAGCUUUCCUAAUUUAAAUGAGAAAGAUAUUGCGACUGGAAAUAACAAUAUUGAGGCUACACAAAAUGAUGGACGCCCAAAGCGAACACAACAGGAGCAACUACAACACUGGCAAAGGAACAGGCGAAUGCUGGUAAAUUUCCUAUUAUCAUCAUUAUUACCGUUUACGUUCAUCACUUACACAUUUUUCAUUCAAUUUGUACAGAUUGUAAAUUGGAGAACUCAUUUAAAAUUUCCUGAAGAAGCAAAUCUAUCUCCAGGAGCUAAAGAUCUCAUCAGCAAACUCCUAUGCAAUGUCGAAAAGAGACUUGGAGGAAAAGGCGCCAGUGAAAUAAAGGCACACCCAUGGUUUCAAGGUGUUGAAUGGGACAGACUAUAUCAUAUGGAGGCUGCAUUUAUUCCAGAGGUCAAUGAUGAGCUGGAUACUCAAAAUUUUGAGAAAUUUGAUGAGUCUGAGAACGAAACUCAAACUUCGUCGAAAACAGGCCCUUGGAGAAAGAUGCUUUCAUCAAAGGAUAUUAACUUUGUGGGUUACACUUAUAAGAACUUUGAAAUCGUCAAUGAUCAUCAAGUGCCUGGGAUGGCUGAACUGAAGAAGAAGGAUAACAAACCAAAAAGGCCAUCCGUCAUGUCUCUCUUUGUGAUCGAAAAUCAAGGCUAGCUGAGUCUGUGGUUUUGGCGUAAUAUUCUCUCCAAACAAUGUUUCCUUGGAAUAUGUGAAAUAUGAGAACAAUCUGAUUUGGUGGGCUGUAAACACUACCCAGGUGCUGGUUUUCGAAGGUUGCAACUUGCAACAUGCUUUGUGGCCAUAUGAGGGACACUUUCUUAAAACUAUGGCAAAAUUGUAAUGCUGAGUGGGUACGGAAAAUGGAUUAUUUUCAAACUCUUGGUGGCUUCGCUACUGUUUUAUAAGUGCGUGCGCGCACACACACACACGGUGAGGUCUCAAGUUCAAGCGGUUGGACAAUGAGUUACAGUUCGCCUAGUGGAUAACUUCUAAUGUAUUAAGUACAAGAAAUAUCCAACCCUUCCAAUAGUUAUGCACCACCAAGAGGAUCACCCAGCAAAAUCAGCCCAGUCUACUCAUCAGGUGGGCCACACCAUAGAAAACAAUGUUUAGCCAUCGAUAAAUGAUGAAAUUCAAGUGUGGUCCUCUUAAUGAGCGGACGUGGCUAAUUUUUUGCACAAGAUUAUCCUCAUUAUGGGGCCAUCCUUAUUGGACGGGUUGGAUGUCGUACACACAUCCGAGGUUGGGAUUUAUCUAGUUGGUGAACCAUAACUUUUAUAGUCCAACAGGUUGGACUUGAGAGCUGGUGUACAAGCAUGUGACAAUCUAGUGUAAUAUCCUACCCUAAAUUUCAGUGUAGUAGGCACAUGUGGGGGCCGCCUCCCAGUUUGUUGGCUUUGCACAUGAUUGGUUCCUGAUGGUGGUCUGCAUGUGACAGCGGCCCUAUCAAGAGGGGUGGUUUGAAUCAAAUCACUCUCUAGGAAAGUAGCCCCUUCAUUCUCUCUCAUCCUUUUUCUCUCUACG